GGCGCCACUGAUUCUAUAUCAUGUAAUUGUUUAUUUAUAAUUCGUCGCGAAUUGAGUUCAUACAGAAAUGGUGAAACAUAUAGACUAUAUGUAAUUUUUCUACUUAAAUCGAAUGGCUUUAUUAGUUUUUCCGUAGCUCACAUUUUUAAUUAAAAAAAACAACAAUUUUCCUGGCACUCCCACGAUUUUAUCAAAAGACGAUCAGGUGUUUUUUGUUACUGCGCUAGUUGUAUUUUUGAAUGAAAUGCGUUACGGAUCUUGGAGAUAUGGAUUGUAGUUGCGGCAGACAAAUAAAAGUUGGUGACGAGCACAUGAUUAUAAAAACGAGGAAAGUGUGAGGGGAGCACGUCACAUUGUGUGUAAAUAUCAUUUAGCUGAUAAUUUUGACCCGUUAUCGGUCCUCAGUUCAAGGCAGUACCAUGAGUUUGAGUAAGUUGUGUACGCGAGUACGAACCACUAAAUCGCGGCUUAUUCCAAUUUCUUCCGGAUUUCAAGAUGUCGCAAGAAAUAUGCACUUCACCUAUGUUCCUGAUAAGGAAUUACAAAAUGCCGGUGAAACCAAAAGGUUAAAUAUGUUUCAAGCAAUAAAUAACGCUCUUGGGCUUGCUAUGGAAAAAGAUUCUUCUGCAGUAAUUUUCGGUGAGGAUGUCGCAUUUGGUGGAGUAUUUCGAUGCACUAUGGGAUUGCAAGAUAAAUAUGGUGCUGAUCGUGUUUUUAAUACACCCCUUUGCGAACAAGGAAUAGCAGGAUUUGGAAUUGGUUUGGCAAAUCUUGGUGUCACUGCAAUCGCUGAAAUUCAAUUCGCCGAUUACAUAUUUCCGGCCUUCGAUCAGUUGGUAAACGAGGCGGCGAAGGUUCGUUAUCGAAGUGGCGGUAAUUUCGAUUGUGGAAAACUAACAGUGCGAACACCUUGCGGUGCUGUGGGACAUGGUGCUCUCUAUCACUCGCAAAGUCCUGAAGCUUACUUCGCCCACACUCCCGGACUCAAGGUGGUUGUACCUCGAGGACCAAGACAGGCAAAAGGAUUGCUUCUGAGUUGUAUCGAGGAAAAGGACCCAUGCAUUGUGUUUGAGCCAAAACUAUUGUAUAGAUCAGCCGUGGACGAUGUUCCUCUCGCUUUUUAUAAAACGUCCAUCGGCAAGGCCGAAAUUCUAAGAGAAGGAAAUGAUGUAACUUUGAUUGGAUGGGGUACGCAAGUGCAUGUCCUGCAAGACGUGGCUGAUCUCACCAAAGAAAAGCUUGGCGUAUCCUGUGAGGUCAUAGACCUUGUUUCUAUUCUCCCUUGGGACGUCGAUACAGUCUGCGAGUCAGUGAAAAAAACUGGUCGAGUUAUCAUUGCUCAUGAAGCGCCAAUGACAUGUGGUUUUGGCAGUGAACUUGCAGCGACUAUUCAGGAAAGAUGUUUCCUGCACUUGGAGGCGCCAGUGCGAAGAGUUACCGGGUGGGACACUCCUUUCCCGCACGUAUUCGAGCCGUUUUACCUGCCAGAUAAAUGGCGAUGCUUCUCGUCUGUGAAGAGCAUCCUCGACUUCUAAUAGAAUCAUCUUCAGUGGGAAAUCAUUUGCAAGAAGAUCAUAAACGCCGUCUGAACUAAACCCGUUCUCAACCAUUUUCCCUCAGACGUACAAUUUCUAACCAACACGGAUUACGCCAUUCUCUGUACGUGUAUAUGUAUGUGUAUCAAAAAAUCACUAUAAAUUCCGUAAUAUCGA